AUGUUCGGCGCAUUAAAUCGCUUCAUCGGCCGGCUAGAUGGGGAGCCUGGCCAACAGCCUCGCAGCGGCCCCAGUGACAACGCAUUCGGUUUCCAGGUCCUCCGCAACAAAGACCGGGAUCUGCCUUUAGAGCCAUGGUUUGACUUUAUAGUUGGUAUCAACGGUCAUACAAUUGAAGAUCCGGACCCAAACCUCUUUGCGACAGAAUGCCGAAAUUGCGCUGGGGGAAGCUUGACACUUGAAGUGUGGAGUGCAAAGGGUCAACGAACACACACAAUCACUCAUCCUAUACCGCCAACGAACCCCUCGCUCGGCCUCGCGCUACAGCUUGCCCCUCUCUCUUCCACGCAAAACAUCUGGCAUGUUAUUGCAAUCCCAUCGCCUCUCAGCCCCGCAUACCGAGCCGGAUUGCUUCCUUACUCAGACUAUAUUAUUGGAACUCCCAGCGGGACGUUAAGAGGGGAGUCUGCACUCGGGGAGUUGGUUGAAGACCAUCUAAACCGCACGCUGGUUCUGUGGGUUUACAACAGCGAAUUUGAUGUUGUUCGCGAGGUCGAGCUCGUUCCUACCAGGGGCUGGGGUGGCGAAGGCGCCCUUGGUGCAGAGUUGGGAUACGGUGCUCUUCACCGACUACCCAUUGGACUCGGAGAAGCAGUUGAGGGACCGGGGGAGGUUGUAUUCGAGACACGCGAGGACGCCACUACUUCCCCAGAUACAUCAGCUCCUACGGGUAACUUCAUAGUCCCAGCAAACAUGGCAGCGCCGCCGCCUCUAGCCUUCGCUCAAGCAAGAGUUGCGUCGCCAUUACAGAGCAGAUCGCCCGCCGGGCGUCGUGCAGGGAAAUCACGGUCCAUGGCAUCGCCCAAUAGAGCCUUUGAUGAUUACUUUGCUGAGGGUGAAGAGAAAAGUCGGGAGCAAGACUAUGCGCCGUCACGGCAUGGAACUCCUCUACCUCCACCACCGAAGGCAGGAGUCUCGCCCUCUCACUCGGGGAGCCCUGCGCCGGAAGGAGGACCAGGACCUACAGAGGAAGAAUGA